ACUGCCGGCUGAGUCGGCUGCGUCCGCUCUGUGCUCCCCUCACCUCAGCGCGUCCGGCCCGACCCGCUCGGCUCGGCUCGGCUCGCCAUGGCCUCCGCCGCCCCCGGCCAGAGCGGCUCCGCCGCGCCCCUCGCGCUGCAGCGCGGCAUCGUCAAGAUGGUCCUCUCGGGCUGUGCCAUCAUUGUCCGAGGGCAGCCCCGUGGGGGGCCCCCUCCUGAGAGGCAGAUCAACCUCAGCAAUAUCCGUGCUGGAAACCUUGCCCGCCGGGCUGCUGCAGGACAGCCAGAUGCCAAGGAUACCCCUGAUGAGCCCUGGGGAUUUCCAGCUCGUGAGUUCCUGCGAAAGAAGCUCAUUGGGAAGGAGGUGUGCUUCACUGUGGAGUACAAGACCCCACAAGGCCGGGAGUACGGCAUGGUGUACCUUGGAAAAGACACGACUGGGGAGAACAUUGCUGAGUCUCUUGUGGCAGAAGGCCUGGCCUCUCGCAGGGAAGGAAUCCGAGCCAAUAAUCCUGAGCAGAACAGACUCGCUGAGCUGGAAGAUCAGGCGAAGGUUGCAAAAAAAGGAAUGUGGAGCGAAGGAACAGGCUCUCACACGGUCCGGGAUCUCAAAUACACGAUUGAAAACCCGCGCCACUUUGUGGACUCCAUGCACCAAAAGCCAGUCAAUGCCAUCAUAGAACAUGUCCGGGAUGGCAGCGUGGUCAGAGCCCUGCUCCUCCCUGAUUACUACUUGGUCACCGUCAUGCUUUCUGGCAUCAAGUGCCCCACGUUCAAGCGGGAGGCAGAUGGCACAGAGACACCGGAGCCAUUUGCAGCCGAAGCAAAGUUCUUCACUGAGUCACGGCUGCUGCAGAGAGAUGUGCAGAUUGUCCUGGAGAGCUGCCACAAUCAGAACAUCCUGGGCACCAUCCUCCAUCCGAAUGGCAACAUCACGGAGCUGCUGCUGAAGGAAGGCUUUGCGCGCUGCGUGGACUGGUCCAUCGCUGUGUAUACCCGCGGGGCUGAGAAGCUGCGAGCGGCCGAAAGGCAUGCCAAGGAACGCAAGCUGAGAAUCUGGAGAGACUAUGUCGCUCCCACGGCUAAUCUGGACCAGAAGGACAAGCAGUUCGUUGCCAAGGUGAUGCAAGUGCUAAAUGCAGAUGCCAUUGUGGUUAAGCUGAACUCUGGAGACUACAAAACUAUUCAUCUGUCCAGCAUCCGACCACCUAGACUGGAAGGAGAAGGCACCCAGGACAAGAACCGGAAGCUGCGCCCACUCUACGACAUUCCAUACAUGUUUGAGGCUCGGGAGUUCCUGCGGAAGAAGCUCAUUGGAAAGAAGGUGAACGUCACUGUGGACUACAUCAGACCUGCCAGCACCGCCACGGAGACUGUGCCUGCCUUCUCGGAGCGAACCUGUGCCACCGUUGCCAUUGGAGGCAUAAACAUCGCUGAGGCCCUAGUGAGCAAGGGCCUUGCCACAGUCAUCCGCUACCGGCAGGAUGACGACCAGCGAUCCUCGCACUAUGACGAGCUGCUGGCCGCGGAGGCACGGGCUAUCAAGAAUGGCAAAGGAUUGCACAGCAAGAAAGAGGUGCCAAUACACCGGGUGGCCGAUAUCUCUGGGGACACCCAGAAGGCCAAGCAGUUCCUGCCCUUCCUGCAGCGGGCCGGCCGCUCCGAGGCAGUGGUGGAGUACGUCUUCAGCGGCUCUCGGCUCAAGCUGUACAUGCCAAAGGAAACCUGCCUUAUCACCUUCCUGUUAGCGGGUAUCGAGUGUCCCCGCGGAGCACGAAACCUUCCCGGCCUGGUCCAGGAGGGAGAGCCCUUCAGCGAAGAAGCCACCGUCUUCACCAAGGAGUUGGUGCUGCAGCGUGAGGCGGAGGUGGAGGUGGAGAGCAUGGACAAGGCUGGGAAUUUCAUUGGCUGGCUGCACAUCGAGGGGUUGAACCUGUCGGUGGCGCUGGUGGAGCACGCGCUCUCCAAGGUGCACUUCACGGCCGAGCGCAGCUCCUACUACAAGGCCCUGCUGUCCGCGGAGGAGGCCGCCAAGCAGAAGAAGGAGAAGGUGUGGUCCCAGUGUGAGGAGGUGCCGGUGGAGGAGGUGAUGCCAGUGCUGGAGGAGAAGGAGCGAACCACCAGCUACAAGCCUGUCUUCGUGACGGAGAUCACCGACGAGCUGCACUUCUACGUGCAGGACGUGGAGACAGGGACCCAGCUGGAGAAGCUGAUGGAGAACAUGAGGAGCGAGAUUGCCAGCCACCCGCCCGUGGAAGGGUCCUACAUGCCGCGCCGCGGGGACUACUGCAUCGCCAAGUUUGUGGAUGGGGAAUGGUACCGGGCCCGCGUGGAGAAGGUGGAGUCGUCAGCCAGGGUGCACAUCUUCUACAUCGACUACGGCAACAAGGAGACCCUGCCCUCCACGCGCCUGGGCACCCUGCCGCCUGCCUUCAGCACCCGUAUCCUGCCCGCCCAGGCCAUCGAGUACAAGUUUGCCUUUAUCCAGGUGCCACAGGAUGACGAUGCCCGCGCUGACGCGGUGGACAGCGUGGUGCGGGACAUCCAGAACACCCAGUGCCUGCUGAACGUGGAGCACCUCGGGCCCAGCUGCCCCCACGUCACCCUGCAGUUUGCCGACUCCAAGGGCGACGUGGGGCUGGGGCUGGUCAAGGAGGGGCUGGUCAUGGUGGAGGCGCGGAAGGAGAAGCAGUUCCAGAAAGUGAUCACCGAGUACCUGAACGCGCAGGAGCUGGCCAAGACCAACCGGCUGAACCUGUGGCGUUACGGCGACUUCCGGGCAGACGAUGCGGAUGAAUUCGGCUACAGCCGCUAGGGGAGGCCCUGGGCUCCGGCCCCUCCCAGCCACCAUGCCGCCGUCUGUGUUCGUCUCCUCCCCGAGCCCCCAGCCGCUGCGUCACCACAGGGCCAGGGCACCGCUCUGGGCCCGCACUGUCCCCCUUCGCCUCAGCUCCGCGACCCGGGCAGCGAGCCGCUGGGGGUGGCCCUGUGCCCCAGGGGGAAAGGGGAGCAGGCGGCUCUUGGCCCCCCCGCCCCAGUCGGACCGGUGGGGGAUCUGCUCUUGCCGCUGUCCCGCGUGGAGCUGGCUCUGGCCUGUAUUUAAAGCUUCAGAGGCCCAAUAAAGUAGUCGAGUGCUG